UUUAGCGAGUCGACCUCACUUCCCGCCGGAUCAUGGCCACCGACUCGUGGGCCCUUGCAGUGGACGAGCAGGAAGCGGCUGUCAAGUCGAUGAGUAAUUUGCAAAUCAAGGAAGAAAAAGUCAAACAAGAUACCAAUGGUGUUAUUAAAACCAGUGCCACUGCAGAGAAAACAGAAGAAGAAGAGAAAGAGGACAGAGCUGCCCAGUCCUUACUCAACAAGCUGAUCCGAAGCAACCUGGUGGAUAACACAAACCAGGUGGAAGUCCUGCAGGGGGACCCGAACUCCCCGCUCUACUCUGUGAAGUCCUUUGAGGAGCUUCGGCUAACUUUCAAUAAAAUAUUGGCUGACAGGAAACCACAACUUCUCCAGGGAGUCUAUGCCAUGGGCUUCAAUCGACCAUCCAAGAUACAAGAGAACGCAUUACCCAUGAUGCUUGCUGAGCCCCCGCAGAACCUGAUUGCCCAGUCUCAGUCAGGUACUGGUAAAACAGCUGCCUUCGUCCUGGCCAUGCUCAGCUGAGUGGAACCAGCUGAGAAAUACCCCCAGUGUUUGUGCCUCUCCCCAACAUACGAGCUGGCGCUUCAAACGGGAAAAGUGAUUGAGCAGAUGGGCAAAUUUCAUCCAGAACUCAAGCUUGCUUAUGCUGUUCGAGGCAAUAAAUUGGAAAGAGGUCAGAAGAUCAGUGAGCACAUUGUCAUUGGCACUCCUGGGACUGUUCUGGACUGGUGCGCCAAGCUCAAGUUCAUUGACCCCAAGAAGAUCAAGGUGUUUGUUCUGGAUGAGGCCGACGUGAUGAUAGCUACUCAGGGCCACCAAGAUCAGAGCAUCCGCAUCCAGAGGAUGCUGCCCAGGAACUGCCAGAUGCUGCUUUUCUCUGCCACCUUCGAAGACUCUGUCUGGAAGUUUGCCCAGAAAGUGGUCCCAGACCCAAACAUUAUCAAGUUGAAGCGUGAGGAGGAGACACUGGACACCAUCAAGCAGUAUUACGUGCUGUGCAAUAACAGAGAUGAGACAGCAGAGCUCUCCAAAGAAGGCCACCAGGUGGCGCUGCUGAGUGGCGAAAUGAUGAUGGAGCAGAGGGCUGCGGUGAUCGAGCGCUUCCGAGAGGGCAAAGAGAAGGUGCUGGUGACCACCAACGUGUGUGCCCGCGGUAUUGACGUCGAACAGGUUUCUGUCGUCAUCAACUUUGACCUCCCCGUGGACAAGGACGGGAACCCGGACAACGAGACCUACCUGCACCGGAUCAGGCGCACGGGCCGCUUUGGCAAGAGGGGCCUGGCAGUGAACAUGGUUGACAGCAAGCACAGCAUGAACAUCCUCAACAGAAUCCAGGAGCAUUUUAAUAAGAAAAUAGAAAGACUGGACACGGAUGAUUUGGACGAGAUUGAGAAAAUAGCCAACUGAGACGCUCCACCAGUCACCAGUGCCCACCCCUGGCACUCCGCCUGCAUGGGAGACCAGUGCUUUCAUGGCACAGGCCUCGACAGUCACCACAAAGACAAAGACAGAGGAGAGAGAAACUACCUACCUCAUUUUAAAUUACGUUUGGACUCGACAAAAAUUGUGCAAAUGAUGGGGGAAGGUAGAAAGGAAAAUUUUGCAUUUUGGAAAAAGUAGUCCUCCCCCUGCCCCUCCCCACUUUUAAGCCAUGGUUUUUCCCUAUCUUUAUAAUAAUCUGGUCGCUAUGGAUAAUC